UCUAAGAAAUAAAUUAAACAGGUAAUAACUUAUCUUAGAAUCUCAAAAAAAAAUAACACAAGAAAUGGCAGGUGUAGUUGUUAGGAAGAUUAAGCUAGGUUCUCAAGGUUUAGAAGUUUCAGCUCAAGGUCUAGGAUGUAUGGGGAUGUCUGCCUUUUAUGAACCUCGAAAACCCGAGGAAGAAAUGAUUCAAGUUAUUCAUCAUGCUAUUAACUCCGGCAUCACCUUCCUUGAUACUUCCGACAUGUAUGGACCUCAUACCAAUGAGAUUCUCCUUGGCAAGGCAUUAAAAGGAGAAUGGAGAGAAAAAGUGGAGUUGGCUACGAAAUUUGGCAUUAACGUUGUUGAUACAAAAAUGGAAAUCCGAGGUGAUCCUGCAUAUGUAAGGGCUGCCUGUGAAGGAAGCUUGAAGCGGCUUGGUGUUGAUUGUAUCGACCUCUAUUAUCAACAUCGUGUUGAUACCAAAGUCCCCAUUGAAAUCACGAUGGGAGAACUAAAGAAAUUAGUUGAAGAGGGUAAAAUUAAGUACAUUGGUUUGUCUGAGGUAACUGCUUCGACUAUCAGAAGAGCACACGCAGUCCACCCGAUAACAGCAAUUCAGCUGGAAUGGUCAUUGUGGACUAGAGAUGUGGAGGAAGAAAUUAUUCCUACCUGCAGGGAACUUGGGAUCGGAAUUGUAUGUUACAGUCCUCUAGGAAGAGGCUUUCUCUCUUCAGGGCCUAAGAUGGUUCAGAGCCUUUCAAAGGAGGAUGCCCGACUACAGUUAUUUCCAAGAUUCCAUCCAGAAAAUCUUGAGCAUAACAAACACAUCUUUGAACGAGUUACUAAUAUGGCGGUGAAAAAAGGAUGUACCCCUGCACAACUAGCACUUGCUUGGAUCCAUCACCAAGGAGAUGAUGUUUGUCCAAUCCCCGGAACUACUAAGACUGAGAACCUCAAACAGAACAUUGGCGCGUUGUCUGUGAAGCUAAGCCCCGAGGAUAUGACUGAGCUCGAACACCUUGCCUCUGAGGAUAGUGUUAAGGGUGAUCGAUAUGUAGCUGGAAUUGCUACUUGGAAGACCUAUGAUACUCCACCUUUGUCUUCAUGGAAAUCUGAAAACUGAAAAACAUAAAGAUGGUACUUGGAUUGAGACUUCAGAGUGUUGCAUUGGUUUUAAUUAAAUUCCUUUUUAAUUUUUUUGUGUGCCGGUUUUUUUUUUACACAAUUGUGUAUCAAUUUUGUGUAAUGUUAAGAGUGAUAUAUGUCAGCGAGUUAGAAUAAAUGACUUAUAUUAUGUUAGUCACUUUUUUUUUUGAAUAGUAUUAUGUUAGUCACUUUUUUUGAAUAGUAUUAUGUUAGUCACUUGAUACUUAA